ACAACCCAACAGCUACCGUAGCUUUUAUUUAUUUAUAUAUAUUUUUCUCGUUUCCCCAAAAACACAUGUUCAAAAAGCCUUGCUUUAUUGUAAAAUCCCCGCAUGAACGAAAGAUGCUCGCACCAGGCCAUCACUACUAGUUGUCUACUGUUCUUUCCCCGCUUCUUGCUACUGUGCGCUCUCGUUGUGUUGCAUCUGCCGCUAGUUCACAGUCCGAUCCUUCCCGCUCCCAUCGCCUUCGAAAUCGUCGAUAACGACGAGGAUUAUAAGCACACUGAUAAGAGCGGCAAUACUGAUCAUAAGAUUGAUAGUUUUGGUCCCAGUUUCGUCGAGAUCUCGGGGUCGAAUCGGCGCGUAAUGUCGAAGGCACGAGUCUAUACAGACGUGAACGUUCUUCGCCCAAAGGAGUACUGGGAUUAUGAGUCCCUUACCGUUCAAUGGGGGGAUCAAGAUGAUUAUGAGGUUGUUCGUAAAGUUGGAAGGGGAAAAUAUAGUGAAGUGUUUGAGGGUAUAAACGUGAACAGCAAUGAAAGGUGCAUUAUCAAGAUCCUCAAGCCUGUUAAGAAAAAGAAGAUAAAAAGGGAGAUAAAAAUACUUCAAAACCUCUGUGGUGGGCCAAAUAUUGUCAAGCUUCUCGAUAUUGUUAGAGAUCAGCAUUCAAAAACCCCAAGUUUGAUAUUUGAGUAUGUGAACAGCACAGACUUCAAAGUUUUGUAUCCCACAUUGACCGACUAUGAUAUACGCUACUAUAUAUACGAGCUUCUCAAGGCAUUAGAUUACUGCCAUUCACAAGGAAUAAUGCACAGGGAUGUCAAGCCUCACAAUGUAAUGAUAGAUCAUGAAUUGCGAAAACUUCGCUUGAUAGACUGGGGUCUUGCUGAAUUUUAUCAUCCUGGAAAAGAAUAUAAUGUUCGUGUGGCUUCUAGGUACUUCAAAGGGCCUGAACUUCUGGUUGAUUUACAGGAUUAUGACUAUUCUUUGGACAUGUGGAGCCUAGGUUGUAUGUUUGCUGGUAUGAUAUUUCGGAAGGAACCGUUCUUUUAUGGUCAUGACAACCAUGACCAGCUUGUGAAAAUUGCAAAGGUACUGGGAACAGAUGAAUUAAAUGCAUAUCUGAACAAAUACCGCUUAGAGCUUGAUCCACAAUUAGAUGCACUUGUUGGGAGGCAUAGCCGAAGACCUUGGUCCAAAUUCAUCAAUGCAGAUAACCAGCACCUAGUGUCUCAGGAGGCCAUUGAUUUUCUUGAUAAGCUUCUACGGUAUGAUCAUGAGGACAGGCUAACUGCAAGAGAAGCAAUGGCUCACCCAUAUUUUUCUCAAGUGAGGGCAGCAGAAAAUAGCAGGAUGCGGUCAUAGUAGCCUUUACAUCAGCCCGCUUGUACAUAAGUUGUUACUGUUUUGAAAUGUAUUUUGCUUGUAAUACCUGCGUGAAAAACAUUGUGGUUGAUUGUCAGCGUUUUCAGUUGACACAUUUGUUUGGAGGUUUGCAGCGUGAUCUUUUGAAGUCGUGAUCAUUGUCCGUGAGAGAACAAUUAGUAUUUUGAAUUUUCAAGACUCUUGUCUAUAAAAUUUUCCAUUAGGAGGCUUUUUGCGCCAUCCAUGUUCCAUGUAUAAUUAAAGUUGGAGUUAUUGCUAUAGUAAA